UCGAGCCGUCGGUGCUUCUACUCUCUCCCUCCCCAAGCAACCUCUCUCUCUCUCUCUCUCUCUCUCUCUCUCUCUCUCUCUCUCUCUCAUAUCAGAGGCCUACGUACGGCCCUACAGUUGUUUUACUUGGGGAGUAUCAAAGAAUGGGCAGGUCUCAAUGCUGCGAGAAGGAGGGGCUGAAGAAAGGGCCCUGGACCCCUGAGGAUGACCAGAAGCUUUUGGCUUACAUCGAAGAACACGGCCAUGGAAGCUGGCGAGCUUUGCCCGCAAAGGCUGGGCUUCAGAGAUGUGGGAAGAGCUGUAGGCUGAGAUGGACCAAUUAUCUCAGACCUGAUAUCAAAAGAGGAAAGUUCAGCUUACAGGAAGAAAAGACCAUCAUUCGGCUUCAUGCUCUUCUUGGGAACAGAUGGUCCGCAAUUGCAACUCACUUGCCCAAGAGAACCGACAACGAGAUUAAGAACUACUGGAACACACAUCUUAAGAAAAGACUAACUAAAAUGGGCAUCGAUCCCAUGACCCACAAGCCCAAAAUGGAUGCCCUCGGCUCAGGAAGUGGGGACUCCAAAGACGCAGCAAAUUUAAGCCACAUGGCUCAGUGGGAGAACGCACGGCUCGAAGCCGAGGCCAGACUGGUAAGGGAGUCGAAGCUGCUUGUGUCCAACCCUAUUCAACAGCAGGUCAUGAUCUCCUCUGCUCCUGCUCAGAACAUCAACAAAACCCUCACUCAACCCGCACUGCCGCCAUGCCUUGACGUGCUCAAAGCAUGGCAACUCAUGCAAGGGUUAUGGUCAAAGUCGACCGGAGCCGGCAUAUUCCCAGUCGCUGGAGAUCACGACCUCGAAUCUCCGACAUUCACGUUGAGCUUCUCGGUUAACGAAUUCCCCAUCCAAAGUACUGUUGCACUCACGGAAAACCAAGUGGCCGCAGCACUUGAUUUCGCCGCCAAUAGCUCGGUUACAUGCGGGGUUGGGAUUAUCAAAGCAGCCUGUCAAAUGCCAGAAGAACUCAAAGAAACAUGGGAUAACACAAUGUCAUUGCAGGAAAUGACGUAUACCACGGAAAGUGCAUGGUUUGCGGAUUCCUUUAGGGCUAUGAGUGAAAACAAGCCUCCCUCAAAUAUCGUGGAAGCUGGUUUCACUGAUAUCUUGGCCUACAACGGUGACGACAAGAACUCAUUGUUGGCCGGAGACAACAUUAUGGAAAAUGGAGAUAAAACCUGCAGCGGAAACUUUGAGGAGAAUAAUAAUCAUUACUGGAACAGCAUACUCAAUCUAGUGAAUAAUCCUUCGUCGUCGACUGAUUCUCCUUUGUUUUGAAAAUUUCAAAAAAAAAAAAAAAGGCGAUCAAGAUGUUAGUUAAAAUUUCAAAUUAUAAGUAUAUUUCUUAAAAUGUUAGUUGUUACUGCUCAAUUUAUGAUCACCACCCGUAUUCAAAAUAAUUACUUUUCAUUCAUAAAAAAAAUUACGUUUCAGUUAUUAAUUUGUUCUAAAUCAUGAUCUUAGUAUAUUAUUCAUUUCAAUGUACUUAAAAGGUCGUACGUACUUUAUUCGGAAAUAUUAGUUGUUCAAAAAACUAGCUAGUUUGGAUAUGAUAGAGGAGUUUCUAUUUAUAUAUAAAAGAAGUGUAAAAUAUGUAAAACAGAAACAGAGAAAAGGAAGAGAAGGAAACAGAGAAUAGGAAAAGAAUGAAUUGAAUUACUUGAAUGAAUACUGCUUUACAUCACAUCUAUUUAUAUACACGUAUUGGCAUUGUAAGCUAUCUGAUUUUACUAUAUCAGAUACAAGAAAAACAAGAAAUGUAACUAACUUAUUACAUCAACUAACUUAACUGUCA